AUGCAUCUCCAUGAGGAUCUGAAACGCCCACCAGGACUAUACGGUUACAUUUGUGAUCUUUACCACCGAGGCUCAGCAGCUAGCGCUGAAAUCACAGCAUACUUUGUACAGGUUGCAGCCUUUACCAAUACACUGGGUUCUGAUCUCGACGCACGAAAUCGAAGUUGGGCCCAAUUGAGCAGUCUCUCCGGCUUUGGACGCUGGAGGAACGGAGUCGUCUCCAGAAUCCCGCUGCCGAUCACGAUCGUCAAGGAGCAAAUCGACUGGGGCAGAAAGAUGUGCGAUGCAGCUUCUUCAGCAGCCCCCGUCAUCCUCGGUGGAGAGCAAAGGGAUUCCAAGGAAGCAUUUGUCGAAGCAUCCAAGGCAACACCAGGAAGAUGUGGCCAGCAGGCUGCGGCACAGGUCCGAUUCGGGCCUAGGACAGGACGGCUUCCAGGAUGGUGGAGAAGCUCAAGAUUACAAUUGUCGCGAGUCGUACCCUGCUGCGACGAAUGGGAAGGGAAGCCAGUGCCCGAUCGCCUCGAGGGCCGCAGCAUGACGACAAGGCUACCCCAUGUCCAUCUCAAACUCUCUUUCCACGAUCAUUCUAGAACGCGACGUUUCAUACGAGCUGAACUAAGAGGCCCCCUUCGUGUCCUUCGUGUCCUUCGUGUGGCUGUUCAACGCCGUUGGGUGGGCGGCUUGAAGGACGCUUGA